GACACUGACACAGACCUACGGUGCAUGCAUCUUCUGUCACGAAUUUAUAGUGAUGCAUUCACAGGAAAAUUCAAGAACCCGAUUGAUUAUAUCAUCUGAUGAUACUAAAUGUACACCGAGACGUGUACACCAUCAUGAGUCUCAUAGGUUUUUGAUCCCGCAGUCUAUUCCAUAAUGGCAAAUCACAUCUGCCACAUCUUGUUGCAUUGCUACGAAGGGGCGAUGAUGACCCGAAAUGUGGCUCGUCAAGUGACCGUCUCUCUUUAUAAACUUUUUUCUUCUUAGAUGUACAGUAUCGUGACCGUUUUCGCCGUCACCCCAUCCCCAUGCCGUUAAUCCGCGUAUGCGCACUGAGCGCCCCUAUUGUCUUCCAGCAGCAGAGCUGAGAGGACGGCAGCCCGGCUAUGACAACGCGGGGAAGCGCCGCAACCUGAGCCGAAUCUGCGGGCGCCCGGAGGAAACAGGGGACACCGACGACGUGCGACGGGCGACCGGACAGACACACUGCGUCGGCUGAGCAGACUGGCUGAUAACGGAGCGGGAGAUACUGCGGAGGCGCGCCGCCUGCCUGUGAACGACCAUUCCGGCUGAGAUUGGGACACACCGCCCUGCGGUUCGCCGCGGGAAAGGAGUGUGUUGCGUUUUCCCACCCCGUUAAAAACAGGAAUAAUUUUGCGAUUCAUUCGAACGCGAUUAUUCGCCAUCUCUCAGGUUAUACUGUGAUUCGAGGGGAACUGGGACGUUCAUCUCGCCCAUGAUCCGCUCGGGGAAAUGCUCUGUUGCGCCUCUUAGAGACAGCCGGUUCGGUCAGACUUGACAGCCCUUUUUUUUCAGCUCCCGUUUCCCGGGUCGGAUCUGGGGGUUUGCGGACCGCCGCACACAGGGCGCAUAGGGGGGCCCAUUCUUCCCACGGCUCCCGGCUGACAGCGAGUCACCACUUCCGCGAUGGGAGGCAAACAGAGCACGGCGGGCCGGCCCCGGGGAGCCUUCCCCGGCGUCUCGACGGAUGACAGCGCGGUGCCACCUUCGGCUCACUUUGGGCACUACCGGCCAGGCGGCGCGAUGGGACUGCGGAGUCGGUCGGUGAGUUCCGUGGCCGGUAUGGGCAUAGACCACAGCGCCACGGUGCCGUUUGGAUUUUACACCGCCCGAGGAGCCAAUGACACGGACAGAGGCGGAGGGGGUUCAGGCUCGGAUGCUGCGCACGGAAACGGCUUCCAGGAGCCUGGAGGCGGACACCACACAGACGGCAUGCUGUACUUAGGAUCCCGGGGGUCGCUGGCAGACGCCUUGCCCUUGCACAUUGCGCCGCGGUGGUUUAGCGCCCACAGCGGUUUCAAGUGUCCCGUCUGCUCCAAGUCUGUGGCCUCCAAUGAGAUGGAGGUACAUUUCAUCAUGUGUCUGAGCAAGCCCCGCCUGUCUUAUAAUGACGAUGUGCUGGCCAGGGAUGCUGGUGAGUGUGUGAUUUGCCUGGAGGAGCUCCAGCAGGGAGACACCAUCGCCAGACUACCCUGCCUCUGCAUCUACCACAAAAGCUGUAUAGAUUCCUGGUUUGAGAUCAACCGGUCCUGCCCUGAACAUCCAUCAGACUGAGCCCCAUGUUAUACACCUGUCGCAGGGACUUUAUUCGCCUGGAUGGAUAGAUACCUGGGCACUGAAACAACCAAAAAACAACAAAAGAAGCAAAUCAGCCAAUCAAGUGAGAAAAUUACAUAGCAAAUUAAAUAUCAGAGCAACACUGACACCUCCAAGACUGACCCAGUGUCCCCCCUAGCCUGACAGACUGGCCCCUUCGCCCCCCCCAGAAACCCCCAGCCCCGCUGCCACACCCCACCUCAUCCCUGCCCUGCUGUACAGCGUGCCGAUAGCCCCCCACCGACCCCCCCCCCCCGCAGAAAGACAGGAUGAAGAAGCAGACAAGGUGGACAAUCUGGGACAAGGAGGCACAGCUUGGAGCAGCAUGCCGCAUGUAUCACCAGACUCCAUUUCAUUAGCAGGAGACCUCACAGGAAGGAGGUGCAGAGGCUGGGAGGAGGGCCAGGGUCAGAGCCCACGAGAGCAUCCACCAGCUCAGAAGAUGGGGGUGGUACUGAAAGGAUUCUUUGUGCGAUGCAGGCCCAAACUAGCCAGUCAGUAAUGCUUACUUGGAUAAAUAAAGAAUUUGAAACCGGCUGGAAACAGAAAAAGGAUUGACCAGGAGGAGUUUCAGCAUGACCGGAGGGGGGGGGGUGGGUUAUCUGUCCUUCACAUAGGAGAAGACUCCGAAAAUGGCAGAGAGGUCAGAGGUGGGCCUGGGACAUCGUGGUGGGCUUUGAGAUGUUUACAGAUGCAUUUCGCCUGCCUCUCUCCUCCUGCUUUUUCAGUUUAUUUUUAACUUCACACAGAUGUUUACACUUUAUUGAGAAAACUCCUGAUUUUCCUCAGUGGUAAGCGUGCAGGGGCUCCACACCCUGUGAUCAACAUGGCUUCUUUGUGGGGGGGGGGGGGGGGCAGGGGGCUCAUCCUCUGUAUGUGAGUCAGAGAGGGGGAACCUUCCUUCUAGGCUUGCUGAAGCGACUACCCUGAAUGGUUGCAAAUGUACCACAUGUUAUAGAAAACAUCUAUUUCCCUGAAUUCUCCAGCAGACUUGCCGAAUCUAAUCAGACCUGCCUGAAGUGCAGUCAUUUGUAAAUAUGCAGGCCUCAGCAGCGAACAUGUUCUCCAAGUGUAAUAAGCCAAUCAUCCCUGCCCUUUUUACAGCGUGUCCAGAUUCUGAGGCGACGCCGUUUACAUCUCAGCGUUGUGUUGCCUGUAGACAAUCACCCAGCAGCCCAGAGGGAGACGUGUGCGUGUGCGUGUGCGUGUGUAUUCUCGGGGUGCAAUUCUACCUGCAGUAGCUGGUGCCAUAUUUUCUCUUCUUUUACAUGGAGGUUAUCUCUGCUGCUGUCAAAGGGGAAAGCCUCACACGAUAACCACAUCCUACAAGAUUCCUGCCCAUGUUUUCAUCAAACCCAGUGACGUCCGUGAGGCCUGACGCCUAACAUGACAACAUGACAGUACUGUCCUCACAAAAGCUGCUGGACUUUUUUUUAAUAACGGUUGGCGAGUAUCAACGGAGUUCACACAAACUUCAGAAUGACUGGAGUCAUUUAAAGUUUUUUUGUUUUUCGGGAGCUGUGGUAUGUAUUUUGCUGUAUUUUGCCUUGAUUUGAAAGAAAAAAAAAAAGUCAAAUAGAGUCAAAUGUCAAGUAUAGUCAAAUGCUUGUGCGGAAACAACAAAGGGCAGUAAUAUAUUAUCAGCCUUCCUCCACACUUCAGACCAGCUUAACAGACUGAAGUACUGAAUAACCACAACUACAGAUGGACCAGUUCUUUCAGAUACCCAGAAUAUCUUGUUUUCCAGAAAUCACUAUCAGCUCCACCCCACAAGUCCGAGCCAGAGAAAACAUCUAUGGUUUUGUUUUGUUUCAUAUCAGACUGGUUCAGGUUUUUUUUUUCCAAGAUGUGAGAGGAGGCUUGAUUUUAGGUGGUAGACCUGAAUGAUUUUGAUGUGCAACCUGUGGGGUGAAUAAUACAAUACAGAAUUAAAAUUAAUAUACAAGAUGUGCUCUUUCUGCUUUAUAGAAAACAAAUAGACGAAAAUGCUUAAUUUUGGAACUGCAUAGUCAUUGUUACAGUAAAACCGCUGUUCAUUUAAA